AUGUUCAACAGUCUUAAGAAGAAGCUAUCGCGCAAGGGGUCGAAUCCAUUCACCAAAGGGGACGAUGCAACAACGUCUAGGGCGGUAACUUCGACAAGUGGACACCUUGCCGCGCCUCGAAAUGCCAACAAUCCCUUCACCUCUGCAAAUUCUGCGGCAGCAGCUCCUAACAACGAUGCACCACCUGCAUACACGGCCACUCCACGUGCAUCCCCUCAAACCCAGGUGACAAACAUCCCCGUCGGCGCGGGAUCCAGCACAGAUGACCCGUUCGCCUUCCUCAAGUCGUUCGACACCAUCUUCUUGAUCGACGACUCGGGGUCCAUGGCCGGCCGCUCAUGGCGAGAAACUCAGCGCGCCCUAGAGACCAUCACGCCAAUCUGCACACAGCGCGAUGCCGACGGCAUCGACAUCUACUUCCUCAACCACCCGGACUCGGACUACUACAAGAACGUGACCUCCCCCGGCUCCGUGGUUGAGAUCUUCCAGAGCGUGCGGCCGGGCGGCGGUACGCCGACUGGACAGAAGCUUAACAAUAUUCUGCGUCCGUAUAUCAGGCAAUGUGAGCGCAGCCUCGAGACCACGAAGCCCAUCAACAUCAUCGUCAUCACGGAUGGAGAGCCGUCCGACGACGUAGAGUCCCCGAUCAUCAACGCGGCGAAGAAACUCGACAAGCUGGAUGCUCCGGCGUGGCAGGUGGGAAUCCAAUUCUUCCAGGUUGGACGGGAGCCCGGUGCGCGGGAGGCGCUGAAGCAAUUGGACGAUGGGCUGGAAGAGAUCGCUGGUGGUGAUCUCAGAGACAUCGUCGACACGGUGCCGUUCAUGGGGGAUGACAAUGCUGAGCUCAGUGCUGCGGGCAUCAUGAAGGUCGUCCUCGGUAGUGUCAACAGACGGCUAGACCGAAACUCAAAAGAGCUCCACCGGAGGUCUUGA